AUGGCGGGCCUAGAUUCCUUGGAUGCCUUGGCGCUCGAGUCGUUGUUUCCCCACGCGCUGAGAGGCGAAACAUCGCACCGCUGUCACAGGGACAGCGAGGGCGGCGACGAAAACCUGCUCAGCUCGGAAGGGCUUUUCACUGUCUUGGAGCAUGUGCCUUUUGUCUCCAGUGGCCUGCAGGCGAUGCACGAAUACUUGGGCAACGAGACUGCGCUGGAGCGUGCGCGGCAGGCGGACCCCAUCGGCCCGAAUGGUUUCAUCACGCAUGCGGCCGAGCAUGUGCCAAUAGUGAACUCUGUGGUUCAAGCCGUGCACAAGGCCGGUGACGACGGCGAGGCUUUGCAGCGUGCCAGGAGCCGCGAUCCCAUUGGGAGCCACGGAUAUCUGACCAAAGUCUUCGAGCACAUCCCUCUCGUCUCGGAUGGCAUGGUGGCGAUCCACAAGUAUCAUGGAGAGGACCUAGCAGCCGAACGGGCGCGAGGGUACUCCCUCGCAAAGCUGUUAAGCAAGGACGGUGCAAUUACCCGCGUUGCUGAGCUUGUGCCCGGGUCCAACCUGGUUGCCGUUCUCGGCCACUACAUGAAUGGUGACAAGGAGCGUGCUGCUCGCGCCAUGAACCUUGUGGACAGCCCCCUGGUUGGCUGGUCCUCCAUCGACGAUCCCAACAGUGGCCUCUGGCAGGUCGCCGAACUCAUCCCGGGCACUGAUGCUGUGGCCUUCGCUGUGCAUCUCCAAUCAGGGCAUUAUGCCCAAGCGCUCCGCAGCAUCACGAAGACGAGCUGGGUGAACGUGAUGACCAGUGAGAUGACGUUCUUCAUCCACUGCCCCGCCGCCUGCGAGACCUGGUGCGAGAAGGUGGACAUCCUACAGGUCGACGUCCUCCCCAGGCAGCUGUCGCUGGUGGUGGGCCUGUCAGACGUGGUCACCAACUUCCUUCGUGAAGAUCGGGAGGUUCUGCUCUGCGGUAUCCCGGGCUGCGGCAAGGAUGCCAUCGGCCGCGCUUGCGCCCGCGAGUUUCCUGAGGCUGCGGCCCUCUCCCAGGACGAGCAUGGGGGGAGCGCGACGAGCACGCGAGCGGCCUUCGAAGUGCUCCUCUCACGGAACGCCUCGCCCAUCUUCGUCCUCCGGAAUGGUGUCGACGUGGGGGACCGGCUUCCCUUCCUUCUGCCGGCCCGGACCGCCGGCUACCGCGUGAUGGCCGCAUUGCCGGGGGAGCUGGCGCAGGGCGCCGACCGCAAGGCAGCCCUUUUUCUCGCUUCGGUGUCUGGCUGCUAUGGACGGCUUAAGGAGGGCGGGCGGAGUGGACACGAAACGCUGACAGUGACGGAGAAGCUGGCGAAGCCCGCCCAGGUGUGCCUGGACUUUCUUCGGAGCUUCCGUGCGCCCUCUGCUCCUGGUGAGGUGGACGCAGUGCUGCAGCUGCAGUUUCUUCUCCCUGACUUGUCUGACUUCAGCCGUUCUUUGAGCAUCUCCCUCGAUGAGGUGGCUGUGGACAUGCGCAAGGGAAAGGCCCUCCCAGAUGCCGUUGCGCAGGUCCUCGAGGGCCCCUUCGAGGCCGCCCAGGCACAGCUGGCGCCCUUCGCCGCGGCGCGGCGGCCCCUGCAGGAGCUCAUCCGUGAGCUGGCAGACUGGUGCAAGAGUGAGCGGGGUAAGCCCUGCACGCCCACUGAAGCCACGGCACCUCGUAAACCAGCCGACACGAAGCAGCUGCAGCGAGCGGCAAAGAUCCGUGCGGCAGUUGAGCAUCUCGUGGCGCCCUACAACCUGGAAAGCUGCCGGCCGAACGGCUCCACCGUGACGACCUGCGUUUGGGUCCCGACUGCGACAGGCUUGCGGCCGGCCUGGCCACCCUCGUACUUCUGUGGGGCCCCGCAGUUGCGCAAGAUGAACACGACUCAAGAGGACGUCCUGGCCGCCGCGCGCGAAAGCAGCGCGUCGGAGGGCCCGCUCCAAGAUGGGGACAAGGGCGUGCGCAUCGAGGUGAUCGAAUCCUCGGAGCACCCCGGUCCCUUCGUUGGGCCGGUGGACCCGCUGCCGGAGCCCUGCCGAGUGAAGCUGAAGUGCCCAAAUCUCUGA